ACACUAGAGAGAGAUCCACGUGCUUGCGCUGCAGUGUCCCCUGCUUCUCCAUGCGUUGUGCGACACUUCGAGUUCGGUUAUUUCUAACAAAAACACGGGUAAGAAUGGAAAAGAGAGCGCCACAUUAAAACAGCGGAGAUAUUUUCACAGUCAUGGCUAAGCCAAAGAUGAAGUCGGUGUCCUCACCAAAAGUUGCUUCAUACCCAUCUAAAACAACAGUCUCAAAAAAAGUUGGUAAACAAUCAAGACCUGGUGGUAAACAAGGUGGCAAGCUGCCAAAGCAAAGUGGAGGUUUGAAGAAAGCUAAGAAGCUUCAGACAGAGAAAGCACCCAGUGACAAAGAGAAUCCCUCAGAGAGAUUCCGCAGGAAGAAGGCAUUCAAAUUCUCCAGCAGUGGAAGUAAAGCUGCAGCAAAGAAGCAAGGCGUCAAGAGAAAAAGCCCCAGUGAUGAGAAAGCAGAUGAGGAAGGAGAUACCAAACGGCCCAAACUUGAAGAAUUGAGCUUCAAGGAUAGGAAGCUGGAACGACGUAAGCUCAAGAGUAAUUAUGAACUGACGCAGCGAGCCAAAACAAUCUGGAAUACUGUCAGAGAGAAAAACUGCAGCAAAGAGAAAAGAUCCAAGCUGCUGACAGAGCUGUGUGGUCUAAUCCAAGGCAAAGUAUUUGAGCUUUUGUCAGCACAUGAUACUGUCAGAGUCAUCCAGUGCUGUCUGCAGUUUGGAAGCGACAAACAGAGACAGGAGAUCUUUGAUGAGGUCAAAGAUGCUGAAAAAAUCUUGCUGUUGGCAAAAGGAAAGUACUCCAAGCACUUUGUGAUGAAGAUGCUUCGUUACGGCAAGAAGGAGCACCGGUCCUACAUCAUGACAUGCUUCCACGGUCAAGUCAGCAAGUUGGUCCGCCAUCGGGAAGCAGCAGAGGUCUUGGAGUUGGCAUACAACUAUCAUGCCAAUGCCAAGCAGCGUUCGGCCUUGCUGGAGGAGUUUUACAGCCCUCGCUUUGCCAUCUUCAAGGAGGAAGGCACCCACACACUUGAGGACAUCUUGGAAAAAGAGCCAGAUAAGAAGCAGGGCAUCAUGGAACACAUGCUGAAGAUGCUCAGCCAAGUCAUCGAAAAGUCAGUGGUGAAACAUUCCAUUGUCCACAAAGCUCUGUUGGACUUCUUGGUUCAUGCACCAGCCAAGAUGAAGACGGAAUUGAUAGAAGGAAUGCGGGACGUGGUUGUUCAUAUACUUCACACUCAUGAUGGAGCGAGGGCGGCCAUGCAUUGCUUGUGGUUUGGCACAGCUAAGGAUCGUAAGGCCAUCAUCAAAUCCUUCAAGACGUUUGUCGUCAAGAUAUGUAAGGAAGAGUUUGGUCACCUGGUGCUCCUGGCAUUGUUUGACUGCGUAGAUGACACAUUACUGGUUCGAAAAGUCAUCAUCGAUGAAAUGAUGAAAUCUAUCUCAGAGGUUGCAGAGGACCAGUACGGACGUAAAGUGCUACUUUAUCUCCUCUCUCCGAGGAACUCCACUCAUUUUCAUCCCCAGAUAGUGGAGAUACUAAGGAAAGGAGAUGGCAAUCCAGCCAGCAAAAAGGAAACAGAGCUGAGAAGAAAGGAGUUGUUAGCGGCAGCCUCGGAUCAUUUGCUUAGCUUUGUAAGCGAGAACGCCAAGGAACUAACUUGUAGUAAAUCAAGCUGCCUCCUCCUGCUAGCUGUACUUACCCACGCCAAAGGUGAUAAGGUUGGAGGGUACCAGGCAAUUGCAUCCUUAGCUGCUGAGGAGUUUAUACCAGCCUUGGCAAGUGAUGAAGAGAGCCAGCUAAAUGAGGUUCACAUCAUUGAACAUCCAGCGGGUCAUCUAGUUAUCAGAAAGCUACUUCAGCAUCAGAAAACAACACUUGAAAAUGCCGCAGGAGGUGGCGAGAUUGAGCGGCUGUUCUCGGAUGUUUUUCUUGAUGCUGUCGACCAGAAUAGUCUCCAGGCUUGGACCAGAGCCAACAGAGGAGCUUUGGUCUUGGCCAGCCUUCUGGAUUGUGGCCAAACCAAAUCACGGCAGCGUGUCAUCAGUGCCCUGAAACCUAUCAUGAGCCAUCUUGUGAAGAUCAACACCAAAGGAAUGGAGGUCCUCAUGGAAAAACUGCAGCAGGAGAAAUGAACCGUCUGGCCAUGAAGUGAACAUCAUAAGCAAUAUCUUUUAGCCAGUUCUGUUAGCUACCAUCAAAUUGUCCAGGACAAAUCAGAAAUAUCUCGGAGAAGAGUGCCCAAAGUGUGAAGGAUUUGUUAUUCUCAUCAUAUAGCAGGGAUAGAUUUAAUGAUAACUUUAUUUUCAAAUCCUUGGGAUGAUUUCAUGAGAUUAAAUGUUAUUUGUGGGAUCUUUUUAGAUGUAACAUUUCUCAGUUUUGCUCAGUCAACAGGACUAGACGGUCACAGCAAUUAAUUGAAAGUAAUUUCGUCAUAAAAACUUUUCUGGAGAAGUCUACACAAUAUGCAUCCUGUUUUGAGGGUCCCCGGCUUGGUAUUUAAUUGUCACAAUGUACAAAACCUUCUCCAUAUAUUACACUGUAUCGUAAUCACAGUGUUGGUUGUUUCUUGUGAACAGUCAGAAAUAAUCCUUCAAACCUGACAUUUGCAUUGUGUCUUCAGACUUUGAAUUUUCUGGAUGAUAAUUUUUAAUAAAACCAUUCAACAUCUUUCAUGCA